AUGCGUGCGCGCGCUCUGCCCGCCCGCGUGGCGCGUCUGCUGCUGCUGGCGCUGCUGCUCGCCGGGUGUGCCGGCAACCCGGACGCCAAGCGGCUGUACGACGACCUGCUCAGCAACUACAACAAGCUAGUGCGGCCCGUGCUCAACGUGAGCGACGCGCUCACCGUGCGUAUCAAGCUCAAGCUCAGCCAGCUCAUCGAUGUGAAUUUGAAGAAUCAGAUUAUGACGACCAAUUUAUGGGUCGAGCAAAGUUGGUACGAUUACAAAUUAUCAUGGGAGCCUCGUGAGUACGGUGGUGUGGAGAUGCUCCACGUACCUUCAGAUCACAUUUGGCGUCCUGACAUAGUAUUGUAUAAUAAUGCGGAUGGAAACUUUGAGGUGACAUUGGCUACGAAGGCGACGCUGAACUACACGGGCCGCGUGGAGUGGCGCCCGCCUGCCAUCUACAAGUCUUCUUGCGAGAUUGACGUCGAGUACUUCCCUUUCGAUCAGCAAACCUGCAUAAUGAAGUUCGGCUCUUGGACUUAUGAUGGUUUUCAGGUAGAUUUACGACAUAUCGAUGAAGUAAAGGGCACAAAUGUUGUGGAAUUAGGAGUUGAUCUAAGCGAAUUUUACACUUCCGUCGAAUGGGAUAUAUUAGAGGUUCCGGCAGUAAGAAACGAAAAGUUUUACACGUGCUGCGAUGAGCCGUACCUGGACAUCACGUUCAACAUCACGAUGCGGCGCAAGACUCUGUUCUACACCGUGAACCUGAUCAUCCCGUGUAUGGGUAUCUCGUUCCUGACAGUUCUGGUGUUCUACCUGCCGUCGGAUAGCGGUGAAAAGGUGUCGCUGUCCAUCUCCAUCCUGCUGUCGCUGACUGUGUUCUUUCUACUGCUGGCGGAGAUCAUCCCGCCGACCUCGCUGGUCGUGCCGCUACUCGGCAAAUUCGUGCUCUUCACCAUGAUCCUGGAUACGUUCAGUAUAUGCGUGACGGUGGUGGUGCUGAACGUGCACUUCCGCUCGCCGCAGACGCACACGAUGGCGCCGUGGGUGCGCCGCGUGUUCAUCCACGUGCUGCCGCGCCUGCUGGUCAUGCGCCGCCCGCACUACCGCCUCGACCCGCAUCGCAGCCGCUUCGCAGGAAUAAUCAGCAGUGAGGGCUGGUCGCCGGCGCUGGCGGGCUGCCGCGACCAAUUGCCAGUAUAUUUACACUUCUGUAAUAGGGAAGGGCUGCCCGACGCAGUUCCGUCAGCACGCACUGCGAAGCGGCGGGUGGAGGGAGCCGAGGGAGCUGAUCGAGUAUCAAUCACUGGAAGCGCUCCUCGCGGCGCCAUUACACUUUAA